UUUUGGCGAUAACAUGUAGUAGCCCUGAAUCAUGUACUGCGCUACCAAAAAGAAAGUCGUAUGCCGUAGGUGUGAAAGCACCCGUAACAGUAGGACAAUUAGUCGAAACUCCAGCAAACAUUAAAACACCUUUUGGCAUGGUAACCAUGCCUAGCACCUUGUGGAAAAGUGUUUUGUCGUUGGUAGUUUGCGUUGUUGCAUUUUUAAUCUGUUUGUAUGCAAAUUUGUUUGACAAAGUAGAACAAAACAACUGCUUUGCUCUAUUGGUAUUUGCUAGUCUUCUUUGGUCUUUAGAAGUUAUACCUCUUUUCGUCACGUCACUUUUAGUUCCACUACUGGUCGUAUGUUUACGCGUAUUACGUUCAGGUGAACGUCCACACGAGCGACUUGAUGCACACGAAACGACGAAGCUUAUUUUUUCCACCAUGUUUUCACCAGUUAUAAUGCUACUUUUGGGUGGCUUUGCUAUUGCUGCUGCACUGAGUAAAUAUCAUAUUGCCCAAAUGAUGGCAACAGUUGUGUUAUCGAAAGCUGGAACAAAUCCAAGUUUUGUUCUUCUGUCCAAUAUGUUUGUCGCAACCUUCGCAAGCAUGUGGAUAAGUAAUGUCGCUGCACCACCAAUUCUUCGAAACUUGCCUCCAGAUAGCUCAUUUGGACGAUGCUUAAUUUUGGGAAUUGCUUUAGCAUCAAAUGUUGGUGGCAUGGCAUCUCCCAUAUCAUCACCACAAAACAUAGUAGCAAUUCAAAAUAUGAGUCCUUCUCCUACAUGGGCUCAAUGGUUCCUCAUAGCUAUUCCAUUAUGUAUCUUAGUGGAUGGUUUAAUUUGGCUUUUACUACUUUGGAAUUAUCAACCACAUAGUGAUUCACUAACAAUUCACCCAAUUCGACCAACCAACGAUCUUUGGACUGGAACUCAAGUAUUUGUUAUUGCGGUCACUAUCAUAACAAUUUUAUUAUGGUGUAUUGAAAAGCAAUUGGAAUUUUUCUUUGGAGAUAUGGGUGUUAUAGCAGUAGUACCAUUGAUCUUAUUCUUUGGUACAGGCAUUUUAACUAAGGAGGAUUUCAACAAUUUUCUUUGGACAGUUAUUAUAUUGGCAAUGGGUGGUAUAGCACUUG